AGAAAGCCACGUACGGCCGCGUAUACAUGUGUGCACCCCCAGGCGGCCACGCUCCGAAAUUGCAACGCACCACAAGUCAACAACCACAAUACCCGCGCAACAACGCCCUACGGCACGAGAGACAAUCACAGGGAUUUAGAAAAGUGAGACAGGCGAUCGAUGGCGGCGGCCGCGCUAGGGUUAGCGGCGAGGAGGCUGGGCGGCGGCGCGCUCCGGCAGACACAGACGCGGGUCGUCGAACUGGGGCAACGGCGGCUCCUGCCGAGGUCUAUCCACACCGAGCAGCAGCAGCACAAUUGCACCAAGAAAGACGGCGUCAUGAAGCGGAUCGAGAAGGCCAAGGAGGAGCUGUUCGAUCUUUCGGCCGAGGCGCACAAGACGUACGGGCAAGACCCGGACCCGGCCUGCCGGAAGAACUUUGAGCUGCUCCGCGACCUCUUCAACCACGUCAAGCGUCGGCCCGACGACCCCGUCUGGAAUGUGGCUAUGGGGGCGAGAUUAAGGCACGAUCUGGUACAUUUAGCGGGCACUUAUGCGUUGGUCCUUGGGGCGAGCAUUGGUGCCAGCUACAUGUUUUCUGAAGCGAUCCUGUGGGCGGCAUUGCCUUCGCCAAGGGACGGCGACUAGCUAAGUUUAGUAGUACACAAGUAGUGGAGAACAUGACUAGAAUCUAGCCCCUCUGUUCCUAAAUAUGUAU